UCACAAAAACAAAACAAACGCUCCACCUUGUGUUACGGCGGUUCCAAAAGUCGAGGCCUCAAUCUAUCUUGUCGGAGUCGAAUUUAGGGUUCCGUGAGGAGCCGCCAUGAAACGCAAGGACGAUGAGAAGGACAGAUCCUGUAGCAGCCGAAGUAAGUUAGAUCCGAUCCCUCCUGAUCUCAAGAUGGCUACAGUGAAUCGAUUGCCUGACAAGGAGGAGGACGAUGAUGAUGAAGAGAAAGACACAAACCCAAGUAAGUUAGAAUUGGAUUCGCUCCCUCAUGAUCUAAAGAUGGCCAUACUGACUAGAAUGUCUGCCAAGUCUCUUAUGAAGUUGCGAUGCGUGUCAAAGAUGUGGUCUUCCAUCAUCCGAAGCCGAGGAUUCAUUGAUUCCUUCUUCUCCAAUUCCUCGAAGCAAUCGCGGUUUAUAGUCGCUUUGAGUAACGGUGUAUUCACCAACCCGGAGGAGAAGCUUACCUUCUUCUUCUCGUUUUCACACGACGAGGGAGAGGAGCAUAAGUCUUCUUCUUCUUCUUUGGUACCCAGCUUCGAGAUGGCAAUUCCCACCACCUUUUCUUUCUACAGACAAUUUUUGGCUUCUUUCCAUGGCAUUCUCGCUGUGGAACUAGACUCAUUGAUGAUCAUGUGUAACCCUAGCAUGGAGCAAGUCGUUAAGUUACCUGGAGAUCCCAUUGCUUCUUUUGUGGGAUACGAUCCCAUUGAUGAUCAGUUCAAAGCAUUAUCCUGUUGUGCAACAAGUUGGAACGAUUAUGAUGGUCAUCUGGAUCACAAGGUAUUAACAGUGGGAAGUGGUCAAGGAUGGAGACCCAUUAAAGGUACUCCUUUACCUUAUAGGGAGAGUUUAGCGAAUGUAUGCAUCAACGGUUUUCUCUACUAUGCUGCUUUCUUCACCCAAACUACAGGUGCUGCUUUUGUGCGUUUCGAUGUUAGAUCUGAGGAACUAAGUUUCAUCAGAGCACCUAGUGUUGUUUUGCCUAGGGGAAACGAAACAGUUUUCUUAGAAUACAAAGGGAAGCUAGCUUCCAUUGUCAGACUCCCUUAUGGUCGUUUCCCUAGUUUUGAUUUGUGGAUACUAGAAGACGCCGAGAAACCUGAAUGGUCUAAGCAAACAUGUGCGUUUCCUUCCUCUGUGUGGGAUGAUAUCGAGUGUGGUGAAAUUUCUUUUCCAGGCACCAACAAGGCCGGUGAAAUCAUUGUGGCCCCAACGAAGUUGUCACGCCAUGUUCGACCCUUCUACAUUUUCUACUACAAUGUUCAAACUCAAAACAUAAGAAGAGUUAGGCUCCUAGGAAUUGGAGACAGUGAUGAGUUUAGGCGCUCUUAUGGAUUCAAUCCUAAACUCGAAGAUUACUUUGUUCGGAUCGCACAUCAACACGUCGAGAGUCUUGGCUUUUUAAGAGUAUAAAUUAACUUAAUUUUCUUUAUUAAAUUAUUCAUCAAAUAAUAUCAAAGGAUUUUACAUAUUAAUUUUCUAAGUUAACAUA